AUAAGGCCAAAAAACUAUCUAAUUGAGCUCAAGCUAUUUUUACUCUUUUGACUCUCUCACUUCUCACUAGACUCUUUUACCCUUUCUCUCUCUUCCCCACCUCAUUUUCUAUUUUUCUUAUCUUCUUCUCCUUCCUCUUCCCAAAUUUUCUCUUUCCAAAAUCUAUUGAAUGGCUUCUUCUACUCCUCCUCAUUGCUCAAUCACUACCUCCUCUAAACCUCUUCACAAUUACCCUCACAAAACCCUUCAACAACAACCUCACAAUCAUCCUCAAACGCGUCGUUUUACAUCCCAAAAAGUCUCUGCUUCUCCACUUCCUUCUACUUCUCUCUCUAAAGCUUCCACCUUUCUCUCUCCUCUACCUACCCCCAACAAAACCCAUCUCUCUCCUGACUUUUCUGGUAAGAAGUCAACCCGUUUUGUAUCUAAACAUCAUUAUAAUCGCCAAAGAUCCUACCUUUCUGCCCGGCAAUCCUCUUUUGCUGAAGAUAUCCUGUUUCAAGCUACUCAUUCUGAUGUUGAUGAACACCAAUUUGAGAAUCUGUUAUUGGGUUUUCAAUUGAAGCUUUCUGGGUCUGAAGAUUACUGUUUUCUUCUUAGAGAGUUUGGGAAUAGAGGGGAUUAUUCAAAAGCUGUUCUUUGUUAUCAAUUUGCUGUUCAAAGAGAGAGGAAAGCUAGUGAGAAAGGUAAGUUAGCUAGUACUAUGAUUAGUGUAAUGGGUAGAUUAGGAAAAGUUGAUUUAGCUAGAAUUGUUUUUGAUAAUGCUGUUAAUGAUGGUUAUGGUAAUACUGUGUAUACUUAUUCUGCUUUAAUUAGUGCUUAUGGGAAAAGUGGGUUAUGUCAAGAUGCGAUUAGGGUUUUUGAAAUGAUGAAAACUCAUGGGUUGAAACCUAAUUUGGUAUCUUAUAAUGCUGUUAUUGAUGCUUGUGCAAAAUCUGGGAUUAAUUUUGAUGUUGUUAGUGGUAUUUAUGAUGAUAUGUUGAGCAAUGGUGUUGACCCGGAUCGAAUUACUUUUAAUUCUAUGCUUGCUGUUUGUAAAUGUGGGUUGUGGAAAGAGGCUUUGAGGUUGGUUACUGAGAUGGGAAUUAGAGGGAUUGAUCAAGAUGUUUUUACUUACAAUACUUUGUUGGAUGUUAUUUGUAAAGUUGGGAAGAUGGAUAUAGCAUUUGAUAUCAUGUCUGAAAUGACUUCCAAGAAUUUAAUGCCUAAUGUAGUUACUUAUAGUACUGUUAUUGAUGGGUUUGCAAAGGCGGGUAGGUAUGAGGACGCGUUGAGUAUGCUCGAGGAGAUGAAAUGUUCCGGUAUUGCUCUUGAUCGUGUUUGUUAUAAUGCGUCGUUGUCUAUGUAUUUGAAGUUAGGUAGGUUUAAGGAUGCUUUGAAUGUUUGUAAGGAAAUGGAGAGUGUAGGAAUUAGGAAGGAUGUAGUGACUUAUAAUGCAUUGUUGAGUGGAUUUGGGAAACAAGGUAAGUAUGAUGAAGUUAAAGAAGUGUUUGAGAAGAUGAAAAAUCAACGCAUUUUGCCGAAUGUGUUGACAUAUUCUACACUAAUUGAUGUGUAUUCGAAAGGAGGUCUAUAUAGGGAGGCAAUGGAGGUGUUUAGAGAGUUUAAGGAAGCCGGUUUGAAGGCAGAUGUUGUUCUUUAUAGUGGUCUUAUUGAUGCUUUGUGUAAGAAUGGACUACUGAAAUCAGCUGUUCUUUUACUCAAUGAGAUGACGAAGGAAGGUAUCGAACCUAAUGUAGUCACCUACAACACAAUUAUUGAUGCAUUUGGCCGAUCUGCCAGAGCUGAAUACUUGGUUGAUGCUAUUGAUCCGGUGGAUCGUAACACUUCAAUGAUAUUGUCUUGUACUGUUACUGCACGCAAUCUCGAAGGUAGUGAGAAUAACGAAGUUAUGAAGAUCUUUGGGCAGCUAGCAAUAGAAAGCUCUCAGAAUUCCAGGGAAUUUAGUGAGAGUAAGCAGGAGCUCUUAUGUAUCUUAGGAAUCUUCCAGAAGAUGCAUGAGCUUAAGAUAAAGCCUAAUGUGGUGACCUUUUCAGCUAUUUUAAAUGCUUGCAGCCGUUGUAACUCAUUGGAAGAUGCUUCUAUGUUAUUAGAAGAACUCCGCUUACUUGAUGAUCGAGUCUAUGGUGUUGCACAUGGUCUACUUACGGGAUCCAGGGAUACAAUCUGGCUGCAAGCCUUAUCUUUGUUUGAUGAAGUUAAGCAGUUGGAUACAUCAACUGCAUCUGCCUUCUAUAAUGCUCUUACUGAUGUUUUGUGGCAUUUUGGUCAAAAAAGGGGAGCCCAGCUAGUUGUGCUGGAGGGAAAGAACAGGAAUGUAUGGGAGAAUGUUUGGUCCACAUCUUGCUUAGAUUUGCACUUGAUGUCUUCCGGUGCUGCUCGCGCCAUGGUUCAUGCUUGGUUGCUAAAUAUACGCUCAGUUGUGUUAAAAGGGCAUGAGCUUCCAAAGCUUUUAAGUAUUCUAACCGGGUGGGGAAAACACAGCAAAGUCGUUGGCGAUGGAACACUGAAGCGAGCCAUCGAGGGCCUGCUCAGUGGCAUAGGUGCUCCGUUCCAUUUGGCCGAGACCAACCUUGGGAGAUUUAUAUCACACGGAACCGCUGUCACCGCCUGGCUGAAGAAGUCUGGAACUCUUCAGGUGUUGCUACUUCAAGACGUUCGAACUCAACCUGAGAACCGAAGGUUGGAUCAAAUGCCUAACGUGCAGCUCCUCCCUUCGUAGAUGUCGAAUCUGGAAUCUCUCAUUUAGUGUCCUAUCUGACACCUCCGCUCCAUUUCGAUUCGUCACCAACCUAAGGUUUGUGAUCUAAUAUAUUAUCGGUGAAUGUGGAUGAUGCGGCAAAUCAAAAAGGGAAAGUGGUGGAAUCUGUACAUUAUGCAUCUGCCUUUGCCAUUGUCUUUAUAUACCGUGUAAUUAGUAUAACACAAUCAAGGAAUGGCUCGUGUUUUCACUCUAUCAUCUCUCAAAAACUACUUAAUGGGCAAUUUUCGGGCUACUAAAUGCGCAGAUCCUUUCAGAGAUGUCGAAGCUCUAGUUGCACAAACAGUGAUAAUCUGGUUACUUGGCCUCCGGUGACUCGGGAAUUUUUUCGGAGACAUUUUUUGUUGUGGAUACAAGGAAAGUAAUGGAAAAUGGUUAUGUACUUGUGUAUAAUUGUGCAUUGCUUCUUAAGAUAUUCGAUCCUUCGUUUAACGAGACGAAAAAAAAAAAUCCUUGAAACUA